AUAUAUAUAUAUAUGUGUGUGUGUGUGUGUGUGUGUGUGUGUGUGUGUGUGUGUGUGUGUGUGUGUAUAUGUAUGAUACAAUGCAAGUGGGUUUCCAUGGUAACAUAAGCCACAAAUAAGAAAGCAUAUAAGAAUACACGGUGAAAUCUGCAUAUCUCAAUUACAACAGUGGUUGACUAAUUUUUUCCUGCGAAAAUGUCCUACCGUGAUUUACGUAAUUUCACAGAGAUGAUGAGAGUGCUGGGCUAUCCGAGGCUAAUUUCCAUCGCCAAUUUUCGCGUACCGAAUUUUCCUUUAGUCGCCGAGAUCCUAGUUUGGUUGGUAAAACAAUUUGAUCCAGAUAGUGAUAUAUCCAACGAUCAUGAUACCGAGGAGCAACGUGUAGCGUUGAUACGAAGUGUCGCUGAAUUUAUGGCAUUGAAGACAAACAUCAAAUUAAACACAAAGAAGCUGUAUCAAGCUGAUGGUUACGCGGUGAAAGAAAUGUUGAAAAUUACGACGAUGUUAUAUGAUGCUCAAAAUAGUUGUAGCAUUGACGAAAAUCGAUCCGACAAUAAUCAGAGUACAGUGAAUUUUGACAUAUCUGAUAAAAUCAAUGAACUGAAAACGACGCGACAGCUCGCCAGUCAAUUGACUAUCAACGGGGCGACUCUCUUCGAUUUACUUGGUCGAGAAAUGGAGCUUCGAGAGAUUCGCAAUACCAAGAUUGCCAGGGAAUUUGAUACCUCGGAAAUAGAAGCGGCUCUGAAAGACGUUAUCGCGAAUACGCAUAAAGAGAUUGACGAAACCAAGAAGCAAAUUGACAAUGUCAAGGAUACUGAACAAAACCUGGAUGCCAGAAUCGAGAGACGGCGAACGGAACUCGAUAGGAAUCAAAAAAGACUCCACACCUUAAAAAAAGUCCGUCCAGCGUUCAUGGAGGAAUUCGAAAAACUUGAAAUUGAGUUGAGAGCUUUAUACAAUGAUUAUUUACAGAAAUUUCGAUAUCUGGCAUACUUGGAACAUUUGUAUGAAGAUGCGGCCAAAGCGGAGCAAGAAAGAUUCGAAAGACGACAAGCUGCAACCAAGAAGCAAUUGGAGCAAAUGAGAGCCGAAGAUUCAAGCUUUGAAAGUAUGAUGGAAGGGAACGAUUCCUUAUUCGCUACAAAUCUUCAAGAACCAUUAGUUACUUCUCUUACAAAUCCAGAGACCGCAACGGAAAAAUCUGGUCAAUCAGCCCAUGUCAAACCAAGCACUGGAAAAACAUCGAAGAUGCAAUAUACACAACGGCGCAUUUACGGAAGCAUGUCUGGACGGCAAAGGGGUACGAUUCAAGAAUCAAAUGACAGCGACGGCUCGUUGGACAGCGAUAGCGACUUAUUAAUUGAUGGUGAUCUUGACGAUGACGAUGACGAUGAUGAUCUUUUGAACUCUGUAGGUGCACCGGAUAUCAGUGGAUAUGAUCUUAAAGCCGCCCAAGAAAAGCGAUCUGUUAGUAAGAUAGACAGACAUUCGGACGAUGAUUUUUAAUCAGUAUAAUGUCUCUCUGCUAAUCGUCAGCAUGUUUUUUAUAAUUGUAAAUAGAAAUUGUAUAUAUGUUAGAAAAAAAUAUAUUUAUAAUGAGAUAUAUAAAGCGCAGCAUAUAGAAAUAAAAAUAUAAUUUAUGAUUUUAUAUAUAUAUAUGAGUGAGUAUUUUUGAAAGUAGGAUACAAUAAAAAAAAAGAAAAAAAACGCAUUUUUUUUGUAUUUAAUAAACAGAUACCGCACACAAAAUGAGUUCUAACUUAUUUCUCCAUGUAAUCUGCAAAUAGAUUUAGGCGUUUAUCUCAGCAUGUUACCAGUUUUGAACUUUCUUGUAUAUGCAUU